UCCGUCCGCACCGAUAACAUAUCCCAGCGUCUCUAUCUCUCCACCGCUGAUAACAAUUCUGAAAUGAAUGAAGGCUGUCACUGAUUCAGAGACUGAAAGGAUUUCCCCGGGACGCCUGCUCCUCGUCCGUGUCCGUCUAAAGGGCAACCGAUUCCCGAUCCCCGGUCAUGAUCAACCUGCCGGUGUGCGGCUCCCGAGUCCAUGACAGCCAAGUGAUGCAGAGGAACGUGCGCUGCUGCUGGGAAAGGCGAAAACAUCGGGUGGUGACAGGACUAAGACAGUAAUUCAAAGAAUGGCUGCAUUUGAUUGACAUUACUUACGCUGAGCGUCUUUUGGAGUCCGGGUGUGCGCCAUAAUAUUCUCAUUGCACCUGCAUUAGCAAAUGAACGGAGCUCUUGGUCUGCUGGAUAGUCUCCUUUAGACCCCGUGUCUUGUCAUGCAAUUUUUACUAAGAGCAUUUGCAACCUAAACCAGUGCUCUACCAAUAUAGAAUGAACUAGGUUAUUGUUGUUUUUUAUAUUGUCUACCUCAUCCGUUUAUUCUCAAGACAUUUAAUUUAAUGGCACUACCAGCACUGAUGUCAUCAAUACCUUUACAUUAUUUAUUUGAGACCUGAAGGCUUUCAUUGUGGCCUGAAAGCACGUUAGUGUUUGAUUCUUAUGAAUAAUCAAUGCAGAUUGAAGAUGAUGCUCAUUUUUAUUUACAUAGCAAAUUUAUUAUGAGGACUCGGUUGAAUGGGUGUAUGGAGGAUACUCUGCCAUGACUCUUCAAUGAUUUCAAAAACUGCCCUGUCUCAUCAGUGAAGCUUUUGGAAUGCUCGACCUCAAGAUGAAGGAGGCGUGUCGCAUCUGUGCACGGGAGCUCUGUGGUAACCAGCGGCGAUGGAUCUUCCAUCCCACUGCCAAGCUCAACUUGCAGGUACUGUUGUCUCACGCUCUUGGGAGAGAGCUGACCCGGGACGGCAGAGGGGAGUUUGCCUGCUCCAAGUGCGCCUUCAUGCUGGACCGAAUGUACCGUUUUGACACGGUGAUCGCCCGCGUGGAGGCCCUUUCCAUCGAGCGCCUGCAGCGGCUUCUGCAGGAGAAACACCGGCUGAGGCAGUGCAUUGGUGGGCUUUAUCGGAAAACUAACGGGGAGGAUGGUGUGGGGACAGGGACUGUGGGAAGUGGGGGAGAAGGCCCAGGAGAUGGAAUGGUGGACAUGUCCGGUCUCACCCACGCUAAGUACUGUGCCCUGCUUCAAGACGACCUAGUCUACUCUCUGUAUGAGUCCUGGGCUGAGGAUGGCCUGGAUUGUCCCCAUCACCACCACCCGCAGAGUCCUGCUGGUCUGGGGUCAGAGGGUGUGACCACAGGGUCACAUCGAUGUACACCCAGCACCCCUAGGAGAUGUCGUGGAUGUACCUACUGGCGGGUGGCAGAUUCUGACUAUGAAGCUGUCUGUAAAGUACCAAGGAAGUUGGCACGGAGUAUUUCCUGUGGGCCGUCAACCAGAUACUCAGCCAGUAUUGUAGGAGGGAGUGUCACUGGUGGAGGAGUAGGUGGCGGAGGGGAGGAGGAACAAAAAAAGGAAGAUUCAGAGGAAGCCCCCUCCUCUAUAACUCUGGUCCCUGGUUCUCAGGACCCCUCGCGGACAUCAGACAGCGACCACACUCUGGUGGGCCGAGCCAGCUCCAGCCCCUCCAUAGCAUCCCUUGAGACGGCUGAAGAAUAUACCCAACCCACAGCCAUAACAUAUGGCAGCCUGGGCUUCCCCAGGGAUUCAAUAGAUGACCGGAUAUCCGACUCCCUCUCUGAAGAGCACAUCGGAGCCCCACUCGGCCACGGUGCACCUGGCCACAGCCUGUCCCUGGCUCUCUGUUUCCUCCAGAACUAUGCUGUUUAUCGACCAGUCCAGAGCCCCAAAGGCAGCAAGCUCCCAGUGCCACUCAGGCGGAGUCCCAGUAAUGGAGGCACCAGGCUGGGCUUCCCCGACCCUGUCUUGGGAGUAUCUUACGGAGGUCCGGAUGGAGAGAGGGACAUGCAUGUGCGAUUGCCUGAACUGGAAACCCCUCUGAUCAGGCUGGAUGUGGGGAUGAAUGGGGGUCUAGAACUGGCUGAGAUGGAGGAUUUGUGGGAAGAUUUGUAUAAAGAGUACCCACCUCCACGCCCUCACCAGAGUCUGGUUGAAGAGCAGCAGAGCCAGCUGAACCAGUACGAGUGUGCAGCGAGUCAGUGUGUCAGUGAGCUGCAGAAAGCCCAGCUCCAGGUCCAGUCUCUACAGGCCAAGAUCCACGAGAGUGAGGCCAACAAUGAGAAGCUACAGGAGAAGCUGAAUGAGAUGGAGUGUGAACUGCGUUCAAUCCGCCAGGCUGCUCAGAACCAGGAAAGAACCAUCCAGGGCCUCAACGAGUCAAUCGGCACCAAAGACAGCGAGACCCAGGAGCUGUACCAGCUGAUUGAAGGCCAGAACGCCACACUGUGUAAACUGAGAGAGAUCGCCCACCGCACCCAGCUUACACAAUCCAAUCUCCAGGCUCCAGAGGGAGGCAGCGAGGUCCAGACGCUUGCCCAGCUGCAGGGCGAACUGGUGGGGGUGCAGAGCUCUCUGUUCUCCCUGGGUCUGGAGCUGGAGUCCAGCCAGAGGAGUCUGAGACAGAGCCAGAGGCAGGGAGAUGACCUGGGCCGGUUCAAGGACAGAAUUGACUCUGACCUGCAGGAGGCGCUACAGCACCGAGAGGUCACCGAGAAACACAACCAGGACCUUCGCAGUGCCCUUCAGAAAAGUCGCUCCGAGCUGCAGGCCAAAGAAGCUGCACUGAGGGAGAGCGAGGCAGACAGACACUCUGAGCUGCAGGAGAAAGACAGGAGCAUCGCACAGCUCAAACGCUCUCUGCAGGACAAGGAGAGGCAGUUGCAGGAGUACUCAGAGAUGCUUGAGUCAACAAAGAGCUCUAAGCCCAGGGACGCACUGCUAGAGAAACUAAGAGAGCGCAUUAAAGAGAGAGACCGAGCUCUCGAGCGCUCCAUCGACGAGAAGUUCCGCUGUCUGGAGGAGCGGGAGAGCCAAGUGAGGAGGCUGCAGCUCGCCCUCAGGGAGAAGGAGCGGGACCUGGAGAGACUCCGCUGCAUCCUGUCCAACAACGAGGAGACCAUCACGAGUCUGGACGCUCUGGUGCGGGGCAAGGAGCUGGAGCUGGAGCAGGCAGCCGAGGCCUACAGGAACCUGCAGUGGCUGAGGCAGCAGAACGAAGAGAAGGAGAGAAACACCAUGAGAGAAAAAGACACCAUCAUCAGCCAGCUGCAGGCAGCACUGCAGACACGCAGCCAGGAGACAGAGGACCUGACAGCCGCCCUCCUUGCCAGGGUUCAGGCUGGUCCCAGUGAGGUGGUGGAGGAACUGAAGGCCCGUCUGGCUCUGAAGGAGAAGAUGUUCCAGGAGCUGUUGUCGGACAGGAGUCGCCAAUCAAAUGAACACCAAGUGCAAAUCCAAACUCUGCUCAGCACUAUCAGCUCCAAAGACCAGUAUCUGCAGGACUGCACUCAUAGGCUGUCCCAGGUGAUUGGUGAGCGGACGGGCCACCUGCAGGAGCUUCGCAAACAGCUGUCGUCCCGAGAGCGGGAGCUGUGUGAGCUGAGACGGGACAAGGAGGGGCAGACGGGUGGAGAAACGGAGCGUCUGCAGAGCCUGCUGAAGGAGAAGGAAGCCUUUAUCAAUGAGCUCAUGCAGGGCCAGGAAGAAGCGAUGGAGCCCACCUCCAAAGAGAGAGAAGCUGAGAUUAAAGCCAUCCAGGAGGAGCUGCAGCUGGUGCUGAAGAAGGAGAUGGAGGCUCAGAAAGAGAUCUCUGCCUUGCGUUUAUCUUUGGGCCAGGCUCAACAGCAAGCCAAAGAAGUUUCCAGUAGAGGCAGCAUUGAUAACCAAUCUGUGCUGGAGCAGCUUGUGUCAGAGUAUCACAGGCUGAACGAAGCCCUCAGGGCAGAGAAGAGAUUAUACCAGAGUCUCACCCACAUCCACACAAAGGGAGACAGCAGCUCGGACAGGACCCAGGCCCUGCACACUGAACUGGACUCAGUUCAGGCGCUGCGGGGACAGCUGGAGGACAUCCUAGCCAGGACCCGUAACAUGGCCCUGGCACUGGAGAGGGCUGCUAAGAGGCAGCCUGACUUUGGAGAUAUCAGCACAGAGGAAGAGGAGGGAGACGAUGAAGAUGGCAGCAGUGAUGAGUUCACGGACAGUAUAGAGGAUGAUGAUGUUAAAGUGACACCCAGAAGUCUGGCCUCCACUCAGGCCUCUGGGAUGGCCCGUGGACAGGAGGGUUUGUCUGGAGGACUGGUGAGAGGGGUGCUGUCCCAGCGGGCCGAGGGGCAGAGGGAUUUACAGCCACUUGAGGAAGCAAAGAAAACACCUAAAGGCGAUGCUGAAGAAAUAAGGUCACAACUAGAGAGGGAUGAAUACACCUCUUUAGCAACGAUGAGGAGUGCGUCGCUGAGCCUGCAGCAGGACAACCGAGCUCUGAGAGAGAGUCAAGCCAGAGCCCGACUUUUGGGACUGAGGACAAAUCCAGAGGAGAGACACAGCCUAAACCUGGAAGAGGAGGACUUUGAGGAAGAAGGAGAAUUGGAGGAGGAGGAGGAGGAGGAAGAGGAGGAAGAGGAGGAGGAGGAGGAAGAGGAGGAGGAGGCACUUCCAGCGUCAGCAGGCAAGCGUGGCCCACCAUGUGUCAGGCUGAGAGAUGAGCGAGGGAAGAGGCACUGCACUCGGCCGCACUCUCUGGACCUGGGAACUUUAUUAUCCCAUCAGCCACAACAGGCUGAGACGGAGGUGGAGCCUGGCAGUGAACGCGGCAAGGUCGGUGAGUUCUGGCAGCAUGUAGAGGAGAGUCUCCGUGAGCAGGCGGCACGUCUACGCUCCGACCUAGCUCUGAGCCACCAGGAGAACAGAGAGCUGCAGGAGAGGCUGAUGGUGUCUGAGGCCACCGUCCACGCGCAGGCUGAACAGCUUAAAGACUACCGGGACCUGCUGACCGAGACAUCAGUGCAGCAGGCCAGUAAGCAAGUGCAGGUGGAUCUCCAGGAUCUGGGUUAUGAAACCUGUGGUCGCAGCGAGAACGAAGCUGAGAGAGAAGACACCAGCAGCCCAGAGUUUGAUGACCUGGAGAUGUGCACGUCACUGUCGCAUCAUCAGGACUAUGAGGCCGUCGGUGGGACCUGGUACAUUGGUAACCGCAGCAGUAACCAAAGUGCUUAUGAGCUGGAGGAAGAGCCGGGUGCAGGCUCCGUCCAGCAUCUGGUCCAGGACCUUCGCUCCCAGCUCACCCGCUGCCACAAGGUGAUCCGUGGGCUGCAGCUGCGUGUCCGCUCCCUCUCCGCCACAAGCGACUAUGCGUCCAGUCUGGAGCGCACUCCUCGCAAGGUGAAUUGGGCCUUUGAGGCGUCACCAGCCCCCAGUGGAGCGGAAGAGGAUGAAGGCUGGAUGUCAGACACCCUAGGGACUCGCUCAGAGCCUAAACCUAGCCGGGAGCUGCAAGAAUUGGUGUCGCGGGUUGCCUCACUGGAGGCACAGCUGAAGAGCUCCAGGCUGGAGGGCAAAGGCCUGGGAGAAGAGGGGAAAUGUGCCACCUGGCCUGGGAAUUUGCCACAGGGUGUCCUUUCCAUUGUAAAGAGAGGCUGUGAAGACAAGUUCCCCUUGGACAAGAAGUACAACACUCUGAUCCAGGCACAGGCUCGUGAGCUGUCCCACCUGAGGCAGAGGAUGAGAGAGGGGCGAGGAGUCUGCCAUAUCCUCACACAGCACCUGGGCGACACCACCAAGGCCUUUGAGGAGCUGCUGCGUGCCAACGAUAUUGACUACUACAUGGGUCAGAGCUUCAGAGAGCAGCUGGCACAGAGCACUGCCCUGGCACAAAGAGUGGGCACUAAGAUCAGUGGACGCGACCGUGCAGAGGGCCAUGAUGACAAGACAGGCCAUGAGCUGCUUGCCUUACGGCUGAGUAAAGAGCUUCAGCAGAAGGAUAAAAUUAUUGAGUCCCUCCACACCAAACUGCAGCAACGUCCGGAGACCCCGUCCAGCUGCCAUGCCCUCUCGGAAACCACCGACCAGUCAGACAGGACCUCACUGGUUUCAGAUGAGUGUCGGACCAAUGAGGACUUGGAGUUGUGCUCUGAUUUAGAUGCCAGUGAAUAUCAGGAGGAGCACAGGCAGGAGCCAGGACGUGGAUCAGAAAGAGAAGUCUCUCAGUCUGUCCCUCCUCCCCAUGGUCUCAAGUCUUCCAGCAGUUGUCCCAACAUGUUCUGCUCAGCCCCUCUGGGUUUUGCCAGUCAGUCGUCCAGAGCCCUUCUCAGUGGGCCUGUUUCCUCCUCCCUCACUCUCCCAUCUGGCCCUGACAUCUGGGGUCAGCAUGUCACCUUUGACCCCCGGCCCAGGGCCCUGUCUGUGAUCGCUGUUCGCCAAGAGCUGGACACGCUGUACAAACAGAUGAAUGAGCAAAACAGGGGUUUUAUGAUUUCCCAUGGAAACCCUCUGUCCGGUCUGUCACCUGGUGCCCACAACCAGCACGACCUCUCCACUUACAGCCAGCUAUCCCGACAUGCCUUUCCACAAUACCAGCUCGGCGGCAUCCCCGAGGGCCACUCGCUCAAGUCUGACUCAGGUCUCAUGGCAGGUGGGACGUCGUGGGAUAUGGACAGCAUGGUUCCGCCAAUCGCAAGCUAUUCUGGAUUAUCAGGGCACCAAUCAGGAAACAGCCAUGCAGGAGUAGAUUUGAUAGAGGAGCACCUUCGGGAGGUGAGAUGUCUGCGUCAACGUCUGGAGGAAUCCAUUAGGACCAACGAGAGGCUCCGACAGCAGCUGGAGGAGAGACUGGCCACCACUGGACGUGAUGGAGGAGCUCCCACUAACAUCUACAUUCAGGGACUAGACACAGUCACUCAGCUGUCCAAUGAAAUCAGAGUCCUGAAGGAAGAAAACUUGGCUCUGCAGUCACGCCUGCAGGCCAGCACAGACACAUGCGAGGAGGUGGUGCAGCUGCGUGAGGCAGUGCUCACUGGACGCGCCCGUCUGAAACAGGCAGAGCUGGAGGCGGAGCAGUGGAAGGAGGAGUUAAGGCGGCUGCAGACUCACAGCCAGGAGCAGGGACAGCAGAUACACACACUGAGGCAGGAACGACAGACCAGUCAGGAGAAAUCCAACAGGCUCCAGCAUGAGGUUUCUCUACUGCAGCAGCAGCUGUGUGAGAGCAGGGAGUUGAUUCACUCCCUGCAGAGUGAAUUGCAAGUUUACGACCGUGUGUGUGCCAGCUCAAAGGCCAGUAAAGGCUACCUGUGUGAGCUCCCAGGCCUACCAGUGGAGCUUGGGGAGCUGCUGGGGGAGGUGAGGAGUCUGCGGGCCCAGCUGCAGAACAGCGUCCAGGAGAACAGUGCACUCAAACAGCUGGAGCUCCACAAGCAGCUGGAGCAGAAGCUGGGUCUCGGGUCUCCUCGGACUCCGUCCCUCUCUGCCCUCACUGCCAGCCCCCAGAGAGACAGCUUCUACAGACGACAGCUGCUGCAUGACCCGGCUCCUUCUCCUCCUGUCAGAGACAUUGGUCUGUUUAACUGUGGAUCUCCCUAUGCUCCCUACUCAGACCUGGAUGACAGCCACAGCACUGCCAAUGCAGACCCUCUAGACCCGCACUCAGAACUAGAAGGGGAGGCUCCUGAUGGAUCAUUUGCAAACCGUAACGGCCGCCAUGCCAUCGGUCAUGUGGAUGACUUCAGCGCCCUGCAGCAGCAGGUCCUAGAGGGCCGCAGCCUCGUCCAGAGAAUGGAGACGACCCUGCAGACCUCCCUUAGCCAGCCAUUACUGAACGGCAACCAGGAGCAGACCAGUGACCUGGUCCUGGACUAUGGAAGUGUGAAGAGUCUUCUGUCCAACACCAAGACUCUGAAACAAAUCUUAGAGGAGGCCCUGUCCCUGUUGAAGAUGUUCUGGAGGGCAGCUCUGCCCAGUGCAGAUCGCUCCACCCAAAACCUUAAGAAGGAACAAUGUAUGCAGCAGGAGAUCUUGUCCCUGAAACUGCGCAUGUCAGAGCAAGAAGAGGUUCUCCAAGGGACCAUCGAAAGACUGAGGAGCACCAGCCGCACCAAGGAGAGCAUGGAGCACUUCAUAGUCAACCAGUUGUCAAGGACUCGUGAUGUGCUAAAGAAAGCAAGGACAAACUUGGAGAAGAACGAGCUGAGACUUUCCUCUCUAAGCUCCUCCUCUUCCUCUCCUUAUGCUGGUGCGGACACAAGAGGUGCUGCCAGGGAGAGGCCUGCUGAUCGGACUUGCCUGAAGCCUGGCGAUGCUUCUGAUGUCAGCGCGGCCACAGCCAAUCAGCGUCCUGCAGCGAGGAAGCGCAGCAGCCAAUGCCUACUUUAGACUCUGACCUGUUAAAGAACCAGCCUCAACGCUACCACCUCUGAACUCUGACCUCUACAAUGAAAAAACAGCCAAGACCUUCCCUCCACCCCCGGCCUUACCUGUCCUGUCCCAGUCAACCGACCCUUUGCCACGACCCGUGCCCAACACCGAGAGUGCUUCCAUCCUUGCCACCUCUGCCCUGCCAGAUCACACCUAUAGGCAAUAUGUGCACAAUGUAAUUUGCACCUCGAGCCUUACCCAAAAGUCCACUCUCCCUUUUCCUCCAUCUCUCACACUCUCUCGUCUCCCCUAAUUCCCCACAUUUGCCUCGCUACAUGUAUUAUUGUCUUUGAGUGAUAUAGCCUGCAGUUUGCCUUGUUGUGUGCGUGACAGAAGAAGGUGUUUGCAAUGUGCCACUGGUGGUUUCAGUGAAGUUUGUCCCGGCUGAUACCGACGGAGUUGGUUGAGGUUGCUCCUAGACAGUGAUCUCAGACCAGAUGUGCAGUCCCGUUCCGGUUUUGGAAGGGCACUCUGGUUCCAGAUCUGCAUCUAAGGGCAUCCUCUUCUAAAUGCCAGACAGCCUGUGGACAGAAUAAGUGUUCAUGCAUGUGUACUCAUGGCUUGUGAGAGGAAUUCUACACGCGCACACACGUAAGAUCGAUCACUUUGCUCAAAGACAGGAAAUCCUCAACUUUUGACUGCCACAAAAAUGCAAGUUUACUCUUUGUGGCACUUCCUUAAUGACAACAUUUUCUUUGCAAGUGCAAUGCAAAUACAAUGACAUCCACAAUGUAUCACUAGACACAGUGGAGGAAUGUAGGUAGGUCAUCACUGCUGAGUAAUUGUGUAUUAGCUAUAUCUGUAUUUGUGGAGGAAGCUUUUGAAUGGUAUGUCAGCCAUCAGCCAAGGGUUCUGGCUAGCAGAACAAACAAGGUUCCAUUUUAGUCACAAGCCUCCUGUUUUUGGUCUUAAGUCCUUUUUGGUAACCCAUCCAAUGACUUUGAUGUGCUGCGGAAGAUGAGACAAUUCAGUCCUUAGAGCUUUUAUAAUUUGGUCAAUUUCUGAUGUUAAAGAAAAGUGUAAAGAGUAGAGACUAAGGAUUGGGGUAAAGGGCUAAAAUGGAACCAGGCUCAACACGCGUAUUCAAGCUCCUGUGCAGGAGUUCUCAUACGAGCAUGUGCAAUAAUAUUGUUUAUUGAAUGGUCAUGGCACACUAGCUUCUUUUUAUUUCUUUGCCAGACAAUGGAACCUGAUAUAGUCACACUCAAAACAUGAAGAGACCAUCAGUGCAAUAUUGUAUUGUUCUACAUAUUUUUUUGUUUGUUUGUUUUUCUGAAGUGUUAAUGCAUGACGGAGUCACUGAAGGGUUUCAGUCGAACCGAACAGGAAGUUGUGGAACAGGGGAUCACCAAUAGUUGCCAAAGUUUGAACUUUGAACUUACUACUUGACUUUCACUUUGCCUUACCCAUGUGAAUGACGAACACAGCUCUUAUCUGACCGUAGAGAUCUUGUGAUGGAAACCUGAUUUGUCCUCUUGCAGAGAGACUCGAGAACCGUAGAGACGGUAACCGUUAGACAGUUGGUUUGGUUUAUUUGGAAACACGCUACAUAAAUGAGCUCCUUUUAUGGACCAAAACUCAACAAAGUAGUAUGACUUCCACGUCCUAAAAUGUGUUUUUUUUAUGUUAUUUACCUUGGUUCAGGCUGUCUAAGCAUUCCCAUGGCAAUGGCAAUAGAUGUUACCAAGGUCUUCUGGUUGAUACAAACUUUGGCAGGCUACUGGUGGGACCAGCGUUCAAGAGUUUGCCUUUUGAUUAGAGUGUCGCAACUCAACUUCCCUUUUGCUUUGAUGUGUUUUCUUGCUGUACAUUUGCCAUUUUGUGCUGUAAAUAAUCUGCUUUUUUUGGUAUUGUUUACUUUUUGUGUUGGUGUGAGUGCAUACGUAUGCAUGUGUGUGUGUGUGCGCACGUGUGUGUGUGUGUGUGUGUGUGUGUGUGUGUGUGUGUGUGAGAGAAUAAUCACAUCCAACAUUUGCUUCAUGCAAAGUUGAAUAUCUGGGUAGCUGUGCAAUAGCUUUACACUCUGUAUGCUGUAUUUUGUUAAACAUGAUUGUAUGUGGAAUAUGUUUGCUUAUUUGACUACAUUCACUUUCUGCAGUGUAUGAUUUAUAAGCAUUAUAUGUGCAAGGAUCGUGCCAUUUUUUAAUAAACUAGUCACAUAGCCUGUAUCUGAUAUGAAAUCACAAACAAACUAUGCCUUCAUGCUAUUUAAGUCACUGAUCACAAUAUUAUUGUCCACCUAUAACAAAGCUGGAUAAUGUUGCUUUGCUUGCCUUUAAAUUUAGCUUGAGAGCCACUCCAGAUGCUCUCAGUGGUAGAAAUGGCCUUGAACUAGCGCUUGGUGUCUACCUUAGAUUUGCCAAAUUAGGUCUUGUUUGCGUUCAAGUCUUUAG